AUGUCGAAAUCAAGCGCUUCGUCGCAAGAACGCUUCUACGGAGAGCUUCAAAAAAGUCAGAAAGGAACACGCGAGGUCAUUACGUACACAAUACCCGGAAGUCGUAUGGCUUAUGUGUUUCCUCACCACAGAAGAAACGCAGAUCACGUCGUUUUCGCGUGUCGCGGUUGCAAAAGAGAACGGCAUCAUCUCACUGUAAAGGUAGUGGGAAAUGAAAUAUUGAACGAUCCUUGUGAGGGACACGUAUGUACACCCGUAAAUACAUCUCAAGAUAGAGCCAACAGACUGAUGUAUAAAACUUGUCAGAAAGUGCGAAGUGAUCCGCUUUUCGCAAGUAAGUCAGUCCCAGAGAUAUGGGAACAAACCUUGCAACAAGCAAUGACCGGUCGUCGUGGAUCUGGGGAAUUGGUAGCAUAUUUCUACAAGUAUAGUCUGGAAUCUAGGAGAAGAACCAUUGAAAGCUAUAUACGAUCCACGGCAUCCUUAUAUCCGAACAUGAACAGAGUACAGCAAGAAUUGCAAGCGGCUGGCGCCACCGACCCUUCAAGAAUCAUACUGGAUUUCGAAAUCUCAGCUUUGAAAGCAGCAGAGCGGUGCUUCCCGAAUACGAGUGUAGAAGGAUGUCUUUUUCACCUUAGCCAAUGCUGGAACCGCAGAAGAAACGCCCUCGGAAUCACCAAGUUCCUAAAAGGACCUCAUCGCAGUGCUUUUGUGAAAAAAUGGUGGCGGACAAUAAAGGGAAUCCCAUUUUUGCCGGAGCGAUUUCUCUCGAGGCUGCCUGCCUUAUUCCGUCCGUCCAUGCCCGAUACACACCCAGCCUUCGAAUGUUGUGAAGCGUUUUUGGUGUAUCUCUACGAUACGCGGCUCAGCGAACCACUUCGUCGGUACUGGUGCAAAUGGAGAAUGGACCUUAAGAACAACCAAUCUUGCAGAAUGCUGCCACAGCAAAAUUCGACGAGCACUUGGCCAAAAACACGCGAGCUUCCAAAAUGUUCUGGGACGCAUCAAGCGAGAAAACGUAAAUGCGUCGCUAAGUUGGUGACUUUUGAUCAGUUCGACAUUGGAAGACAUGUUCGCAGAAAGUAUUCGCUUCGAAAUGAGAAAAUAUCCCGAAAAAUGGAGUCAUUCGAGAGGCAAGUACAGGGAGUAGUCACUACAAGCGCACUGAUAAGAUACUGUAGAGCCAUGUUGCGCUUUGUCAGCGAAAAGGCUAUAUGA